GUAGCCCCGUAAUACUUCUAUUUUUCUUCAACAAGUGUAUCAGAUCAAUGUCUACAGUACCAAAUACCACCUACCAUAUAUAAGAACAAGUCAGUCAGUCAUAAAACUAAAUUUUGUUCACACUUAGACUUACCGGCGUGGUCUUCUGUAGCGAAGCAUUAUCUUUGAUUGAUGAGCUUUGGGACGCUAACAUAGAAGACAACGAUAGUAAAACGUAGGUAUAAGUUUUGAGCAAAAAAUUGGAAGUCGUUUUUCAUUCAACAGUCUAUCUUGUCGACACUGGUUCCUCUGUGGCCGGAGCGAAGCAGCGGGCAGACCUCACUGUCGGACGAGGACGUCGCCUACAGGAGCCGUAGGACGUAGCGUCUCGGCGUAGUGUCGGCCGAGCGGAGCAUGGAGACGGAGGCUGGGGGGCGGCGGCCGCCGGUAGUUCGGCCGCCGCGGGGCCGUCGGCGGGCAGCUCCGGCGCGCGGGUGCCGACGUCGAUGCCGCCAUUCGACGCGCCGCCGGCGGGCGGGCCGGCGCGGAACCCGCCGCCGGGCCCCGAGGAGGCGGGGGCGGGGGCGGCGCCGCACGCGCGGACGCGGCUGCACGACAUCGUCAAGGAGCUGGACCCGAACGAGCGGCUGUCGGACGAGGUGGAGGACGUGCUGCUCGAGCUGGCGGACGACUUCGUCGAGGCGACGGUGCGGGCGGCCUGCCUGUCGGCGCGCCACCGCCGCUCCGCCGUCGUGGAGGCCCGCGACGUGCAGCUGCACCUGGAGCGCCACUGGAACAUGUGGCUGCCGGGGUUCGGCACCGAGGAGCUGCAGCCGUACGCUCCGGCUGCCGAGGGGGAGGCCCACCGCCGCCGCAUGGAGCUCGUGCGCGAGGCCGCCGGCAAGUGACUGUCGACAGUGUACAGGGAGGGAGCUGGCUUUCGCUUCAUUUUUUUACCGCUGUGGAAGUAGUGACACUGAGAACGGCAGAGUGGUGUCUGGUGCAGUACUGCAGUUCGGAGUGUAAUGUGCCCCCUACCCCCUCCUUCCACUGCGAGAGGACAAAACUUUCUAAACUAAAAGAAAUUGAGUCACGUAUGUACACAGUGUCGCCUAUUAGUGAAAGGAGCCCACUCUCGUGCGAUAUCGGACACGACUAUUUGCUUCGAAUUCUUCGGUUGAGAAAACGGUAAACUUUUCACGAGACGUAACAGCUAGCUGCUACUCGAGUCGGCGAGGAGAAAUUCGGAGUGCUGCCGGUAGGUGUGUGGAAAAGCGGAGGAAACAACUCUCUAGUUCUCGGAACUUCGACACUGUGGGCAGAGAUAGAUUUCCAGUUAACGUAAAGAAGAUAAGUUGAGUUCCGGACAGAUACGAUUAAAAGGCACUCGCGUAAAACUUUCGGCCGCGGCCUCGGUCGGCAAAAGAGGAACGCGGACCGUUCGUAACGCGGGCCGUUCGUAACGCGGACCGUUCGUAACGCGGGCGAGCGCACCUAGUGCACGUGUGACCACAAAGUCUGGCAGCUCUGACCGAGGUAUCGGAGCCGGCAGCCGCGCGUGCGCAAGGUUAACCGGCUUGUGCGUACGGACGGUGUACGUCCGUCUUCUGCCGACCGAGGGAGUGGCCGAAAGCUCUGUGUGAGUGUAUUUUAAUUGCGACUUGACGUGGCUUCUUUACAGUAAAUAGCACUCUGUCUUUUCCUACACUGUCAAUAUUCCUCCCCGGAGUUUAGCUCUGGGAACUGUUCGAUAAUUCGUCACGGGGUAUCGGUUUCGGAAUUAGGACGACGGAGGCCUACGGGGCAGUCGGGGGUGGAGGAGCCGGCCGGCCCCGGAGGGGUCGGCGUGCUCCACUGGACGGCGUCAGCAGUUCCCGCUCUGCCUUCCCUGGCAGACCUCCCGCCACCUGGCAGCGGGAGGAUCCUUCUUAUCCUGCCCUUCCCUCAGGUAAACUUUCCCGGUCCGUUCUCCUUCGUCCUCUGAGGAAGUACAUAACAGUUUAAGAGCGGUACGUAACAUUGUCGUUUACACUCGUUACACGUUUCGGUCACCAGUAAUUGGAAUUUCACCGCCACGAGUUAACUGCCGGUCACCCGUACCGUCUUUCAGGGGCCGUACGAGUGUACGGUUUAGCUACUAGCUGUAACUUCCUUUCGAGUGGGGGACCUCGGUGACGUCACAAAAUUUUACCAGUUCCUGUGCCGUUAGCGUGUAGAGAAAUCGGAGACUGGAAGUUUUGUGCGCACUCUUAACCUCUUUUGUGUGUGGGACAAGUUUUGUUCUCUCCCCUGGAAUGGCAGAAACAUUUAUCAGUGGUAGCUUUUGUCAUAUAUUUAUUGUUCUGUGUAAUUUUUGUGUGUGUUCGUAAGAUGUGCACGACUUGUAAUUACUUAACGGGCAUACUGUUUUAAAACACUGAAAAACAUUUGGAGGACAGUUUCAGUAAAAUAUGUUUGACAUUCUGCUCAAAUACAAAUAAUAAGGUAAUAA